UCAUGACCGAGCGCCGGCCGGAAGAGAAAUUACGCGUUCAUUAGAAUUAAUAAUCAUAUCGUUACUUCCAAAUUGGUCAUCAAAUACUCAGGAGUGAUGAUAGGUGCAAAACCCGAGAACUUGCGAGAGAUCCAUUAGAAGAAAUCCCAAUGUGGAUAUGCUACACUUGAUCCGCACUUUUAUGUAGACUCGUAUUGACGUUUUUCGCUUAUUAUGGAAAUACUGAGCAAAUAAUGCAACCCGUAUUCGAUAAAGUCAAGCAAAAAGUUAAAUGCCAACAUCAUAUACAAAAUCAAUGUUGCUCUGAACCACUUCGUCAAGGUUCAGGUCCAAAAAAGUCAACAUUAGGUAGGGUCAUUUGGAAAUGAAUCUUUAUCUUCGGAAUAUGUAAUAACGAAAGCCUCUUGCCAACACGAACCACGAACCAACAAACCACAGAAACUUGGUAUGCGCUCUACCUCCAACUCCUACCGGUUUUCUGCAGAUCUGAAAUUCUCUCAACCGCAUCGAGUGCGACCAAAAGUUAAAUUUUUGGUGAACAGUAGAAACAAACUGCCAUCAAACUAGUUAGCCAAGAGCAGGUGUAACGCGUGCGUGUAGAUGUGAAUGAAAACAGUAAAAGUGAAGUGAAUUUGAACCAAAACGAAAAAAUAACGAACCAAAAUAUCGUCAAAAUGAAAGAAAUUGCAAUUACACUACUACUCGUUUGUGCAAAAGUUAUUGGACAAAACCAUACGCCAGCUUCCGGUAUUCCAACUUGCUUAAAUUUUAUUUCAGAUUGUUACAAUCCGAACCGGCGGCCUGGCAUCUGCAUAUCUAUAUUUCAGUGCCCGACUCUUUUAAAUCUUAUCACUCAACAGCCGGUGAAUGAGGAAGAUAGGAGGUUCCUUGUUGAAUCUCAAUGUGAUGACGGCCCCGGAGAACCACCGUUUGUGUGUUGCAACAACGACAUUGGGUUUUUAAGUGGCCCUAUAUCAUCUAGCAUUGGAACAUAUGGCAAAGGAGUAGGGAAUAUUAUACCACCACCACCAACAUGCGGGACGCAAGGAAAUAGCAACGAAGUACCCCAAGGUGAAAUUGAAACUAGUGAUACUUUCCCGUGGUUAGCCUUGUUAGCCUAUGUUACAGAUAAAGGCACUUCAUCCCUAAGUUGCGGAGGAUCUUUAAUAAACAACCGAUAUGUUCUCACAGCGGCGCAUUGCGUUAAAGGAGCUGUAGAAAGAAUGAUUGGCCCCCUUUACGCUGUUCGACUCGGACUGGUAUCCCUCAGCGAUGACUUCGCAAACUGUACCGAAUCCGAUCCAGCUGGAUGCAUAGAAGUGGGCAUCGAAGAAGUUAUUGCCCAUGAGCUCUAUAAUGCGAACUCAGCAAAUCGCUACCACGAUAUAGCUCUAAUUCGCUUAAGCCGCGAGAUACCGUACUCGGAUUCUAUUAGGCCAAUAUGUUUGCCUGCCACGGUAAGCUUUGAAAGGUCGGCGAUCAACACAGAACUUCGGGUAGCCGGGUGGGGAACUUCCCCGAGAGGAAGUCAGGGUCUCGUUAAGUUGGACGGCACGAUUCCUACCAUAAGCUUGGAGGAUUGCCAAUCCAUGCUCCAAGCGACGAACGUCACGAUUGCAGAGUCUCAAAUUUGCGCUGGCGGACGUGACGCGGAUGAUAGCUGCAGUGGAGAUUCUGGAGGUCCCCUCAUGGCACGUAUUCGCAACCACUGGGUAAUUGAAGGAAUCUUCUCCUUCAAUGAUAAUUGUGGAGGCUUUGGCUUAUGGCCAGGAGUAUACACGAGAGUUUCCGGCUACGGAAAUUGGAUAAGGAGGCAUAUGAGACCCUGAACAAUUUUCCUAUAUACCUGCAGAAAAAAAACUUUACACACAAUGUUUCUGACAAUGAAUGGUUAGUGAUGGACAUGUGAAAUUUAUUUUAUAUUUGGUUUCAAGUGAUAUUAAAAUUUGUAUUAUUUCUUUUAAAUGCUUAAGUUUCUAAUAAAUGCAUUCACGUUUAUCCAAA